AUGGGCUUCCUCAAUGCCCUCAAGGCCAAAUCUCCCAAGGAGGCAGAUGUACCUGGAGACACAACUGAGUACAACAAUGAGCACAAAAAUAUGGCAUCCGGUCACGACACUCAUUCCCAGUCUGGAGGUCAGACUUCAAGGCCCUCCAGUGAAAAAGAGAGCACUCUAGUCAAUGAACCUUUGCAAAAUUCGACUGCCAACGAAACCGACUCAGGGCUUGCAAGCCGUGACACUCCAACGCCUGCUCACAACGAGCAACUGAAUGGGGAUUCCACCAAGGAACUGGUUCCCAAGGAAACAUUUGCCAAGCAGUUAACACAAGAAGAGAAAAACGAGGACGGUGACACUGAAACGCCAGAGGAUGAGGAAGGGUAUCCAAACGCAUGGAGAUUGACUCUAAUCAGUAUUGCUCUCUGUCUAUGCGUGUUCUGCGUGGCAUUGGAUAAUACUAUCAUUGCAACAGCGAUUCCCAAGAUCACCGAUCAAUUCAACUCACUCGACGACGUUGGCUGGUACGGGAGCUCAUAUCUCCUGACAACAUGUGCCGUGUCUCUGAUGUUUGGAAAACUCUACACAUUCUACUCGAUCAAAUGGAUAUAUCUCAUCGCGCUCUGCAUUUUCGAGGUCGGUUCACUCGUCUGCGCUGUCACUCCCACCUCAGUCGGACUCAUCUGCGGCCGAGCCAUCGCCGGACUCGGAGCGGCUGGUCUCUUCUCGGGCUCUAUCCUCAUCAUCAGCAAAAGUGUACCCCUAGUCAAGCGACCUAUGUAUACAGGCAUCAUCGGCGCCAUGUUUGGUAUUGCCAACGUAGCCGGCCCUCUGAUGGGUGGCGCUUUCACCGACCACCUCACAUGGCGUUGGUGUUUCUACAUUAACUUGCCGUUCGGAGCAGUUACCUUCCUUUUCGUGUUUUGCUUCUUCCAAACGCCUAAAGCUAUCCUCAAGAAGAACACCUUGAAGGAACAACUGAAGGAGCUGGACCUGAUCGGUUCCCUAUUUUUCCUACCCGCUAUCAUCAGCUUGUUGCUCGCGUUACAAUGGGGUGGCACCAGAUAUGCAUGGGGCAGCGGUCGCAUCAUCGGCCUAUUUGUAGUCUUCGGCGUUCUCGGUCUCAUGUUCAUUGGUGUCGAGAUCUGGGCCGGGGACCGCGCAACCGUCCCGCCGCGUCUGAUCAAGAACCGUAACGUUUGGGGCUCGGCAUGGUAUGCCCUCGCUCUUGGCGCUGCUUUCUUUAUUUUGACAUUUUAUCUCCCUAUCUGGUUCCAAUCAGUCAAGGGCGCAACCGCCUUGAAAUCCGGCAUCAUGAAUCUGCCCACGAUCAUCACAGUUGUGGUUGUCUCUAUCCUGGCCGGUGGCCUCGUCACUGCCUGCGGAUACUACACGCCCUUUAUGAUCGCCUCGUCCGUCAUCAUGACCAUUGGCGCAGGACUCAUGACAACCCUAGAGACGGACUCAAACCACUCCAAGUGGAUCGGAUACCAGGCGAUAUUUGGUAUUGGUCUGGGCUUGGGCAUGCAGCAGCCUAUGAUUGUCGCUCAGACUGCCCUCAAGGCCGAAGAUAUACCAAGUGGCACUGCUAUCGUUAUGUUCGCCCAGACUCUAGGUGGCGCUAUUUUCGUCUCUGUCGCCCAAAAUGUCUUCCAGAACCAGCUCGUCCGGAACUUGGCACAGUAUGCGCCUGACCAGGACGGUGCGAAGCUCAUCUCUGCUGGUGCUACUAUGCUUCGCACUAUUGUUAGUGGUGAUGCUCUACACCGUGUCCUGGUCGCCUAUAAUGCUGCUAUUGUGCAGACUUUCUACGUCGCUGUCGCCAUGGGCGCAUUGUCCCUUGUCGGACCCAUCUUCGUUCAGUGGUUGUCUGUCAAGGGCAAGAAAGUCGAGAUGGCUCCUGUUUGA